GAUUAGAUUAAAUAUUUGGGUUGGUAAAAGCCUAGGAUUGCAGACGGGGAUGAGCGGGGGCUCAGCUGGCUGCAGGCUGAAGCUGCCCAGCAGCCCGAGGGUUUGGCACCAUCCCGGGAGCCCGCCAGCACCAGGGAGACCCUGCAGGGCUGCCGGGCUUUACAGAGAGCAAUUCCGCUCAUGCACCGCACUGCGCAGACGUGGAGAAGGGUUGGAAGAAACAAGAGGGUGAGAACGCUCGUAGGUGAAGUAAUCCCGCCCCGUCACAUGUGUCAGGCUAGCCCUGACCUGGCGCUACGGGGUGGGGGGUGCCUUCUGAUUCAUGAACAGGAGGGAAAUAUGCCUACUCUUUCCAAUCUGACACAGACACUGGAAGAUGCGUUCAAGAGGGUUUUUAUUACUUACAUGGACAAUUGGCGCAGAAACACGACAGUUGAGCAAGAGGCUCUGCAGGCCAAAGUUGAUGCCGAGAACUUCUAUUACGUCAUCUUGUACCUCAUGGUGAUGAUUGGGAUGUUCUCUUUCAUCAUCGUAGCCAUCCUGGUGAGCACGGUGAAAUCCAAGAGACGAGAACACUCCAACGACCCCUACCACCAGUACAUUGUGGAGGACUGGCAGGAGAAGUACAAGAGUCAGAUCUUGAAUCUGGAAGAAUCCAAGGCCAGCAUCCCCGAAAGCACUGGUGCAGCGGGACUCAUAAUGUCGCCUUGAUAAGCGCGAGAGACACAGAGCCAUCGUCUGACAUGUGAAUAUGAAGAGAGGUCCGUGCCAUGGAGCACAUCCAAGUUGUCAUGCUGAGAUGACACUCAGUUCCUCGCUCUCUGUUGAGAACUUUCAUGGCAAUCACGUGGUUGGUCAACUGAGACAGAUGGCAUUUCGAUCUCGGUGAUUUAUGCUUGUUUAUUGGAGCAACACUUUAUGCUGAAGAUUUCUUUUACUUUCUGGGCAAUGCAAAUGCCAUUUCAAUCAAUGUCAAUAGUGAAAAUAAGGCCAAAUUUGAAGUAAAGUGCCUGGGCAGUGGCAGUGGGGACAGAAAGGAGAGAUCAACAAAUCACAGCAUCUUCUUUCUCAUGAAAUAUUAUUUUGUAUGUGACUAAUUCAAUUUAUAAAUAAUUCAGGUGUUUUACCCAGACGCUGAGGUCCCAAAAUCUAUCACCUGCUCACUGGACUGACAGAGAAGCAUUUAUUUAUUAAUUCAUGAAUGCAGAGUUUGAAAUGAUGAAUGAACAGAACCACUGAGCUUAUUUGGAAGUCCGUGGACAGAACAAACAUUUCACAGGGGCAGAGUCCGCAUCAGAGGAGUAGAAUCUUUAAAAACUACCUGAAGCGACAGAAACAUUGUUUAAUUAACAUUUAAAAUUUUUACAGAAAA